AAACUAGAGUUGGAAAAUAAAGUUCUCUCCUUUUCUAGGGCAGGGCAGGGCAGCAUCUUGGUCGAGAGGAGGACUUCCACCUAAAAUCUGUCUAAUAUCUUCGGAGAUUAAAGCUCAGAUCGUCUUGUGCAGACCCGGUCACAUCAAAGAAUACGCAGAGAGGCAUACUUCAUAGCUAGCCAAAUGGAUCUGGAGACAGAGAAUAGGAUAGCUUCAAUACUUAUGAGAGAGGCAGCAGAACUGCGCCGCCAAGCUGAUAGAGAAGGUGUACAUGCUUAUCUUCUCCAACCCAAAGUAAGAGGUCGGCCAAAUUCACGGUUUCUUACGGCAACUGUACGUGGGGUGCAACAAGCAAAUCGAGUUGUGGAAAUGGGUGAAAUGUGGCGAGUCCGGCAGAAAGAGAUAGAGCUAGAGAAUAGACUGCGAGGAAAAUCAAGAGAUGGGAGCAGUCGUAGGCACCAUAGCCCCUCCACCAGGGAAACUGAGACAACUGAUGCUGAAGUAGGCACGCCAAGAAAAAGAAAAAUGGAAGAUUGCAACACUGGUGAAAAUGGUAGUAGUGGUCUUAGGGAUGAAGAGGUUGAAGAAUUUUUGCACUCAAGGAUAAAACGUGGUAGAGGUGCAAUAGGAUCCAGAAUGGAUGAAACAGGUCCUUAUCUUCCUUCACGUUCAGAUUUGGAUCCGAAAGGGAAGUUUUUAGCACGUCCCGAUGAUGCAUCAGUGAGAGAAGAUUUGGAACAUCGUGCUCUUCUUGGGCCAGACAAACCGUCUUUUCUGAAGAAAACAUCUAGGAAGUCGUCCUCAUCUGAAAGUGAUUCAGACCAUGAAGGGAGUCGGAGGAAGGAAAAAAAGGACAAGUCGCGGAGCAGCUCAAAGAAACAUUAUUCUGAGAGGAAGCAUAAAUCAAAAGACAAAUAUGGAGAUAAGAAGAAAACAAAGAAUUCCAAACAUCACCUCAGGAGUAGGAGUGAAUAAACAAGCAGAAUUCCACGACCAAGGAAAAAAAGGACCAAUGAUGUAUGCUGGGUGAUAUAUGAAAGAUUGACUGAUUGAUUGGUGUCCAAACUCUUAUAAAUUUGAAUGAACAUAUUGUAAUUGUUUUAACCCAAAACCAGUUCUUCUGUUCUAGUGAAUCUCUAGCUAUGUAAGUCGGCUUUGUUUCUUCUGUAGUGGAUUGUCCGAGUACUAAGCCUGAUUAUUCGUCAUAAAAGAACUGGCACAAUGUUAAUUGCAUAGUACAUAAUGAGAUGGAAUGGAACCAUUA